AUGAGCAACCAAUAUAGUGAAGAUCAUGUAAGUAGGAAACUAAGUGCUUUGGGGCUUUUGAUAUUAUAUUGGGACCUAGAUAAUUUGAUUGUGGUGCAGGAAGAAGCAACUGUUGUGGGAUUUGAAGUUCCUAGAUCACCUGAUUCAAGUUACAACAAUGCCUACCCAGGGAAUGAAGAUGAGGUACGGGACCCACCCUCAGUGCCUCCACACCUGCAACACUCCUUGCUUAGCUACCCAGCAAGUGCAGACACUUCUGAAACCCUUCCACUGCCACAGAAUGUGAUUCUCAACCAUCUUUACAUUGAGAACCGGGAGGCUCCACGUUCUGUGGUGGCACUCGGAUUCACCCAUCGCUUCCAUUCAAAAUUUGUCACUGUUGUGCUAUACAAACCUGUUCAAAGGAGGGGUAGUACCAGCACUUAG